AUGUCUGAGAAGUCCAGCAUUUCCACUAGAAUCAGUGAUUUUAGUGCCGACUCCGUUACGACUGGCGGUCGUCCCGACGGUUCGUCCAACUUCCGUACCGUCAUCAACUUCGCUCUAGUCGCUGUCGGUGUUGGUAUUCUUGCUUUACCACGUGCUAUCGCCCAAGGUGGUUGGAUCCUAGGCAGUGUUCUACUCGCAGUAGCAUGGAGUGUUGCUCAAUAUGGAACGUAUUUGCUUUAUCGUUGUAUGUACAUGCACCCCAAAGGUGAGGAAAGGUUCGACUCUUUUCAAGCCAUUGGUAAAGCAUGUUUCGGUAAACCCGGUGAGAUCUUCACCGCAUUCGUCCAGUAUCUGGAUUUACUUCUGGUAUGUUCUCUACUUGUCAUUCUAGUCGGUGAUGGUAUGUACGAGUUGGUCCCCCAACUAGACCGUAUUUGGUGGUGUGUCAUAUUCGUAUGUGUUAUGUUACCAUUGGCUAUGUUGCCCACUAUGAAGGAGGUAGCUUUCGUUUCCUUCAUUGGUAUCACUGCUGCCUUUGUUACUGUGAUUGCUGUCAUUGGUGCUUCUGUAAGAGAGUCAUCUGAUCCGAUCAAGGAGCACGAGCACUACCUCAUGCCUCAGAACGCCAGUACAGCCGUUCUUGCAUUCACCAACUUCAUGAACGCCUUUGCUGUUACUACUGUU